UGUGAUUCAGUGUCGCCGAGUCUCUCAUCUCAUUCGCUAUCACACGCUUUUCGCGUAAAUCUGACAGGGUUUCCCUCGUGAAAGCGGAAAAACAACCGCGACGUUAGCGGCGUUUUUCUGACAGAUCGCGCCUCAGUGGAACUAUGAGAUUCAUCGGUCCCCGGGAGAAAGAGCGGCGGCUGCCCGGCUCAGGCGAGCCCUCUCGGGUGUGAGAGCGAAAUCGAGGCCGCUGGCGCUGAGGCCUAUUGCGGCCGGUUUAAUGUUUCACUCGACAAUACAGGGCAGCGCUCCGUCUCCGUCAGGACCAGCAAUGGCUUCUUCAUGUGAUGCCAGAUUGACAUUGAUUGACAGAUGAUGCUGGAGGCACCUGUGCAGGUGAGCAUCACGGCAGGAGAAUGAAGCUUCAUUCGGACCCGAGCGAGAGCACACACACGUGUGAGGACAUGAACCUGAACCACCGUUUGACCUUGACCUCCUGCGCGCUGAAACCCGCGGGCCUGGAGGGGGCGGAGCUCCUGUGCAACGGGUCGUCUGACCAAUCAGGGCUUGAGAAUUUCACGGCACACUGUGAUGAAAGUGACCCGGUGACCUCUGAAGACGACAGCAGGUCCAGUACGGUGGAAAACGGAGACGAUCUCACGCCCGAGAUCCAGCAGGCCUACAGAAUAUUUCAAAGCUUUCUUUCGGAGAAGCAUAAAUCCAUAACGGCCCCGUUCUGGCAUCCCGGAUCCCAGAGCCCUGAUGCAGACAUGAGCUUCAGAAAGAUGCGUGAUAAAUUUGUAAAUCGCGAGUAUGAAUCCAUCACUGCGUUCGUGGCCGAUUUCAGACUGAUGUUAGAGAACUGUUAUCGCUCUCACGGAGUCGAUCACUGGAUCUCCAAACAGGCCCAGAAACUGGAGAUUAUUCUCGAACAAAAGUUGACCCUGUUGUCCAGGACGUUGCGUGAGAAAACCACGCUAGCCGUGACCUCCAGAGGUCGUUUCGGCACCGAGGAUGAGAAAGCGUCGGUCGGCACGUCGUCCAGGCGGCGUUUGGUGCCACGAAACCUGGCGGCCAUUACAGUGGGCGGCAGCGAGUCCAUCAUGGUGCAGGCGCUGAGACUGGAGGAGCUGCAGAAAGCCAAAGACCAGAAGAGGCAGCGUGAGCUGGAGCGUAAAGAAGCAGAGGAGGCGUCAGUGAAGGAUCUGGAGGAUUGGGAGAGUUCACUGCUCGCACUGGCGGAACCGUGGGCCGUCCGGACCAUGUGGGAGCUUCCCGCCAUCGGCCACUUCUUGUGUCUGGCUCAGAAAGCGCUCAACCUCCCCGAGAUCGUCUUCUACGAGCUGGAGCGCUGCUUGCUAAUGCCGCGCUGUAGCUCGUUCCUAGCUAAGGUCAUGACCUCUCUGCUCCUUCACCCGAAUAAAAGAGCGAACGCCCACCGCCGCCCGCCGUUGCCGUACAGGAAGUGGGAGGCGGAGCUCCGGCGGCGGGUUCAGGACUGGUACCGUUCGCUCGCGAGGGCCGAGGACCAAACGGCUCGUGCCGAACUCCUAGGACUUUCCCAUCAGUUCUUCUGGACGCUAGGAGACGCGAGUCCACUAGAGGAGACGGCGUUCCACAUGCUCACGUUUAAACAGCGCGUGUGGCUCCUCAAGGGCCUGUGCGAUCACGUGUACGAGACGCAGAAGGACGUUCAGGUCGCGGUUCUCGCGCAGCCGAUCCACGAGUGCCGCGAGUCCAUCCUGGGCUACGACGCGCAGGAGAACGCGUACAUACACUUCCCUCACUUCUGCGGCGCCGACCUGCGGAUCUACCGCCAGAGUCCGUGUGUCGCGAUGGAGUUUCCUCUUCCGCUGUUACGCGUCAAGAGAUCGCAGGAGGAACCGGAGGGGUCAGAGGUCAAGCUGGAAACACAUGUGAUGAAGGAGCUGAAGGCAUGGAAGGAAGAUUCGCUCGUCGACAGGGAGGAUCCGGAUCAGAAAUGUUCCUCGAGCUUCUUCUCAUGGUCGCUGGACUCUGGAAGCGUUCGAGGAGCGUUCACCGAGGAGGAGCGGUUGAAAGAAGAGGACGAGGACGAGUGCGAGCUGAGCUUCGGAGUGGGAGAGAGCCGAUAUAAGGGAGUUGCACCCGCUCUGAAUAGUCACAGUAGUCCUGAAAAAGAUGCGAAUCACAUGACCUGUGAGGACCAAUCACAACGCCAGAAGAAGAGACAGAAGAAGAAAGACUUGAAGAAACCCAAACUGAGCUUGAAGAAGCGAACGGGUAAAAGCAGCGUGACGAGAGCGGCUACAGCCGUGAAGAAGAAAGACCGGAGGAAAAGACGGAAACCGGGGAACAGGGUUGAUGGGAAACUUUUGAGGAGACCAACGGGAUCUGCUCUUCUCCAAUCAGGACCCUCGUUUCAGUUGAUCUGCUCCAGUCUGGAUGAUCUCCGAGUCCUGAUCAGCAAAACACAAGAUCAGCUACAACAACUGAAUGGCGGCAAAAAGAGAUCUGACCGACGGCCGAACAGAAGAGCCGCUGUGAAGGAGUUACACGUCACACUAAUCCGGCUGCUAAACGAGCUGUUGCCAUGGGAACCCAAACUCGUCAAGGCCUUCCAGAGGAACAGAGCACGCUUGAAAAAGGAGUGUGACGACUUCAGGAAACACCCCGAAUAUGAGCAGUUCACCAGAGAGCGCGUGGAGACGUGUGUGUGUCGAGACGGCUCGCUCUCCGCAGAGGAUGGGGGAGCUGUGGAGGACCACUCUGAGGGAGCCGUCCUUAAAAAAAAAGAAAAAAAAGUAGUGCUUAAAAAGUCCUGGAAUUUCAUUUUACAGUGUCUGUACGAACCCUGGAUAUUUGUUUGGACUGAUCCAUGUUUUCUUUUUGCAGAGAGUGUAAAUCAUCUAGGAAAUCACGAAUCAAGAUGCCAAGUUGACAGACCUGAAAUUGUCAUGCAGUCGUCAGAUUCUGGACCCUUCACACGCAGCUCAAGACGUCGCCAGAGCGGUGCAAUCAGCGAUGAGCUGAGCCUGUGCAAAAGAGGCAAAGCAGACCCAGAGAGCUCUUUAACACCCGAAGUUAAUGUGCAAGCUGCAUCCAGGGAACAAGCAACAGGGAUCCCACGAGUGUUAGCGUUGCCUCAGCCUUUAAGUAGCUUUCAGGGUUCUUGCAAACCCAUCCAGGCACUUCUGGCCAAGAGUGUUGGAAACAAAGUGACCUUAAUAAGUCAUCCUAAAGCAGCAGUGAUGGCUCAGAUUCUGCGGGAUAAUCACAAGACUUCUGUAGCUCUGCCGCCUAUCCGAUUAUCAACUGCCUGUUCGCCAACUGAACCUGGAACAACUUCGACAACUGAAAGCACUGAUCAAGUGGUGUACAAGACGGCGGGUGGCGUUGGGCUUCUCAGGAAAGGAAUCACUUCUGCGCAGACAAUAUCAGAUCAAAAAUCAAUGCAACAAGUUGUUAUACUGCCUUCAAAUCUACUGAUUCAAAGCACUGAGAAUAAGGCGUCUACAUCGCUCCCUAAGACCGCAACGUUCUUGUCCAACGUUUCAGGCUUCACCAUACCGGAAACCAGGGUUCCUGUUCAGCAAGUGGCACCAUUAAAAGACACCAGCACUGCCAGAACACCAUCUGCUGUAGUUACUCCCAAUUUAAGGACUUUAAAGAGCGUUUCUGGAGGUUCUGCCAUGCCUAAAAAGACUCCUGAGCCAAAGGUGGUCGUAAAUAAAUCAGCUAGUAGUGGUCCGACCAGACCUGACGCUAACCAGGAGCUCCGGACAGUGUGCAUUAGAGACUCGCAGUCUAUCCUAGUCACGACGAGAGGAGGGAACACCGGGGUGGUAAAGGUUCAGACGUCUGAGAGUGGAACGGGGGCAUUGCCUCCAAGUCCUGUUUUUACCAUAUCUCCACAACUCCAAGCCUUUCUCGUGUCGAAGUCUUCCACGUCCACUACACAAGCGGUUUCGGCCACCGUUUCUGCUGAUUCUUUACUUGGAGUCACUCCUCAGUCACUCUCGAAGAGAGUCAGCUCAUCGACUUUCGUGCCCGGAACUGUCCCUCAAUCAACCCUGAAUCAGAAUAGCAAUGAUUUGGCCAAAACUAAAUCUGCACUCCUGUCCACGAGCAAAGACAGCCACAGCGUCCGUAUAUCUGCUAAAGACAUCCAAGGCUUUCAGGAGAAUACAGUCUCCGAAUGUGGAACGAAACCCCUACAAAAAAGGCCUCUACCAGGAAGCCGAACUGCUUUCCAAAAGGUUUUCCUCGUCUCGCCUUCACCGAAUAUCCCUUCGCCAGCAUCAAAGGUCAGCGCUACUACAGCAACCUGUACUUUGCCAGGAUCAAGAGUCAUGUUUAUAACUAACUCAGCACUUAAUAUUCAAAAUGAGGCGUCAUCUUCAGACGUCAACAUAUCCUCUACUAGUACACCAGCGUUGAAGGUCAUUCCCAAGUUGGGGACAACUUUAUCCUGCACUUCUUCUGGCACAAGCAUCCAGAGCAUCGGUGUCCCAGGGUUGAUGUCAAGAAUACUCGGUACAAACAAGAAUAUGCCGUCAGCAACCGAAGCCUCUGUGAAAACUACACCUGUGAUCGUCUCCAGAGUUCCUGCGACAUCAUCAACUUCAAGCGGACUUCAGAAAGUACCUGGGACUGUUGAUGGGAAAACGCUCACGUUUUCAACGCUAGGCACCGGCCACAUGGCUUCUUCCGCACUUUUAUCAGUUGUAAAACCGGAUGUACCUUCAUCAAUUUCAACAUUAAAUGCUCUGCACUGUAAACCGACUAUAUCUUCCUCUUCUUCAGGAAGCCUUAUUAACAAACACACUACGUUACCAGUUGAUGUGAACACUGACAAGACACCAAUGAUCACAUCCCUUUGCACUUCACGCUCACUGGUCAAAACAACUUCUUCUGGAGUAUCCAGUCCUCUUGCAUUGAGUUCAUUGAGUCCAGUGGUCAUGACCUCUGGGCUACGACCUCCGACCUCUACCGCCAAGAGUGUCCAGGAGAAAAUAGUGAUUAAUACCACUGCCCCACUUGCCCCUGGAACUCAACUCCUGAUCAAUAACACCAGAUUUGUUGUACCUUCUCAAGGCCUUGCACCCGGCAGCCAUGUUCUGCUCAUCAACUCUUGUCCUGGAGGAUUGCAAGGCUUCAGUUCUGCUUCCCCUGUUCCUCGAGGUCCAAACACUUCAACCCCUGUUACCGUUCCUUCAGUUGUGCAAGGUAUGAGAUUGGUAACACCAGUCAGGCUACCCUCACCAAAAGUUGGACUUUCAGAUCGAGUCAAUCAACAACUGAGCACAAGAACGCCAAUGAGUGUGUCUGGUCUCUCACAAGCUCUACGCUCUGGUGUAUCAUCAGACAUUGUGAGACUACCAAUCUUUCAAACCCCAGUUACACCAUCACAAGGUGUCAAAGAAACCUCUCCUCUUCAAGGAGGUUUACUAAGCACAACUUCUCCGAUGCUCUUGCAAGGAAGACCAUCCCAAAACCAAGUGGUACCCCCAAUAAAAACUUCAAUUGCACAUCAUUCACCAAUGGUAACCGUUCCACCCAUUAACAGCACGAUAUCACGGAUGCAGAAACUUCCAGUUGCAAUGGUUCCACCAAUCGGUGGUGCAACCACUCCUAUUGCAAGUGUUCCUCCGUAUAUGAACUCCGUGAUAAUGACACCUAUCAGACCUGGGACAAUCGGAAAACCUGCUAUUUCACCCCAUCCACUACAAGGUCAAAACAUGGUUCCCAGCCCUAGCAAACUGCUGUUGAGUCCAGAUGGUGCCAUUUUAAAUAUAGUUCAAGCUUCAAGCAUACAAGUGUUGGCAAAGCCAGUGGUUAGUUCCUCCUCGAGUAGUGUUACUGUGCCUACUUUAAACACAAAUGAUCCAAUGAGAAAACCAGAUGCAUCGGAGAGAUUGAAUCACUGAGAUCACUCUGGAGGUCUUCUGUUGUUUCCCGUUGUGAUUAUGGAGGAUGCUUUUCUUACUUAGUAUUUUUGUCUUGUUUCCAGGCCAAAUAUCUAGAAAUUCUUGAAUUAAGAAGCAUUUACUAGAUGAGUAAAAUGCCAUAAGAUAUUAUGUCUUGUUUUCUGGGCAAAUAAAUAAAAAUUAAGAGAGUU